UUCCCCAUCGACACCGAAGUGAUCGACACGAUAGGCGGCUUGAAGGAGACAAUUAGGCAGAAGAAGAAGGAGAUUACAACUUCGCAAAGACGCAUCAAGCUUUUCCUGGCGAUGAAGAACAACUCGUGGCUGCCAAAUGACGAUCCAGCUGUGCUGAAACUGGCAAGGGGGGAGAUCGACGAAGAAAUCGGCCGGACAGUCAAAGGAGAACCAGACAACAACAUGAUCAACGAAAGUGCACCGAAACCGGCAAAUCAAAUUCACGUAUUGGUUCGACUUCCU